AAAUUCGUACGGGGCAGACUUACAGUGGAGGAAGUUGGUCAUAUUCCGGAGGGGGUAGAGGAAAAGGAUUUCAAGAGAUUGAGAUUACCAAGACCCGUAAAUAUGAAGAUGGAGGGAGUUAUCAAGUGGCUCAUGGGGAAGAGUUUGAAAUAAUUCAACUGCCCGGCGUAUACAAUCUUUACAUUUCCAACGAUGUUAGCAUUGUAUUUCGGCAACCUAAAGCCUCUAUCUGCAUGACUUGGAAUGGGAAUAAAGUUAAGACAUUCGAUGGGUUGAUCUAUAGUUCUCCUCUCUUUUGCUCCCAUACCCUUAUUCACGAUCAAGUUGAUGGAAGUUUUAGCGUCAUUGUGAGAUCUUGUCCUGCAGGAGCUCCUCAGCCAUGUCCGCAUAGCCUUGUCAUCUUCCUCCUCAACAUGAUGUACACUUUUGAGAAUGUCAAUGGAACUGUGAAGUUCUCUAGCCCAAAAUCCGUCUUGCCCAUUCCUUCUCAACUCACCGGGAUGAAGGUUACAAUGAUUGGUCACAAAUUGAAAAUUGUCCUGGAAUCUGUCCAGACAGCAAUUGUCUGGGAUACUGAGAAACUGAUUGUUGUAGAAGCUUCUCCAUCCCUUUGGAAUCGAACAGGAGGGCUCUGUGGAACAAUGGAUAUGGAUAUAAGGAAUGAUUUUAUAUCGAAGACUGGAACUCAGCAGAAAUUGGCUAGGACUUUCGUGGAUUCAUGGAGAACGCCAAAUGUCGAUGUGGAUAAGAGUAAAUGUAUCAUGGAGCAAGUAGAAGACAUGGAUGUAGCCAAAUGUGAUCCGGAAAAGAAGAAGAAGGCCGAAUCUGUGUGCGAAAAGUUGGUCAGGAGUUCGAAGUUUGUUCAGUGUCUGGAGAAAUACAAUACUGAUAUGUUAAUUGAGUCUUGUGUCUCAGAUUACUGCUUCUGUCCAGAUUCUGAGCAUCCGGAGAAGUGUUCCUGCGAUGGAGUAUCUGUAUUUGCUCAGGAUUGUGCAUUUCAGGGUGUAGAGUUAGAACACGGAUGGAGAGAUAUGGAAGUAUGUCCUCUUCCUUGUUCAGAUGGAAGAAUUUACAAAGCCUGUGGUCCUUCGUCAGAACCUUCUUGUGGAGUAGCUAUGACCAAUGAGAAAGAUGCUCAAUGCAGAGAGGGUUGCUUCUGUCCAGAUGGAACUAUUCAGUAUGAAGGAAAAUGCAUUGAUCCCUUCCAAUGUCCUUGCCAAUUGCGAGGGAAAUCAUUCAAGGCUGGUUCCAAAGUCAAGAAGGAUUGCAACACAUGCACAUGCGAGAAUGGGGCAUGGAAGUGUACAGAUGUGAACUGUGGGUCACGCUGUGGGGCUAUUGGUGAUCCUCACUAUGUCACUUUCGAUGGUAGACGCUUUGAUUUCAUGGGAAAGUGCUCCUAUCGACUUCUUCUAACAGAUAAUGUCACCGUGGAUGCUGAGAAUGUUGCUUGUCCAGGAUCUAUUUCUGAAGCAAUGGAACUCAUUCCCACGAGUCUUGAUCUCCCAUCUUGUACAAAAUCCGUGACGAUUUCCUAUAAAAUCGGGGAAAGGGUGAGAACCAUUAAGCUGAAGCAAGGAAGAAGUAUCUUUGUGGAUGAUCAGGAAGUAGUGAAACUGCCCAAAACUCUUGUGAAAGGCCUUCUCAAGAUUCGUCAAGCCAGCUCCACUUUUCUUUCAGUGGAGUUCCAGGAUGGGCUCAAAGUAUGGUGGGAUGGAGUAACAAGGGUAUAUAUAGAUACCCCAGCUUCAUAUCGGGAUAAGACCAAAGGACUCUGUGGAACCUUUAAUUCCAACCAACAGGAUGAUUUCCUGACCCCUGAGGGGGAUAUUGAAUCGGUAGUGGAACCUUUUGCUGACAAAUGGCGAACCAAGGAGACCUGCCCUUACAUUACGGAUACUGUUCCAGUUCCCCAUCCGUGUCAGGUGAAUCUGGAGAACAAGAGUAAGGCAGAGAAAAUGUGCUCGAAAUUGAAGGCAAAAGUUUUUGAUGAUUGCCAUUGGUAUGUGGAUUAUAUGCCUUUUUACGAGGAUUGUCUCUACGAUGUCUGUGCUUGCAAAGGAGACGAUCUCAACUCCUGCCUAUGUCCAAUACUUUCUUCCUAUGCAGCUGAAUGUGCUCGCCAAGGAGUUGUUAUCAAUUGGCGUCUCUCUGUCACAGAAUGUGGUAUUAAGUGUCCUCCUGGUCAGGUAUAUGAGGAAUGUGGAGAUUCUUGUGCUCUCACUUGCGAAGAUCUACAAAGUGACUAUCCUUGCAUCAAGAACUGCGUUGAGGGUUGCCGUUGUCCGGAGGGACAAGCCUUAAAUGAGGAUAAUGAGUGUGUUCCAAUUGGGAUGUGUUCAUGUGCCUAUAAAGGACUUACUUUCCGACCAGGAUACAAGGAAGUUCGACCAGGAACUAAAUUUUUGGAAUUGUGCACUUGUUCUGGAGCUAAGUGGGAUUGUGUUGAAGCUAAAGAUAGUGAUUCCAUCAAGUAUCCUCCAGCAGCGGAUAUUCGGAGCAAAUGUUUGGCCAGCAACAAUGAGGAAUUCACAACUUGUGAACCAACUGAGCCAGUAACAUGCAAGAAUAUGCAUGCAGUCCAGGAAUCAUCUCCGGUAGAAUGCAUGGCUGGAUGUGUUUGCAAGAAGGGUUUUGUUCUGGAUAUGUCCAGCAAAAAAUGUGUUCGUCCUGAGGAUUGCUCCUGCCAUCACGGAGGAAAGAGCUACAAGGAUGGGGCUAAGAUUCAGGAACACUGUAACACAUGUGAAUGCAAAUCUGGGUCUUGGAAAUGCACAGAACAUCAGUGUCCAGGAGUUUGUACUUCCUGGGGUGAUUCUCAUUUUACGACAUUUGACGGGAAAGAUUUUGAUUUUCAGGGAGUUUGCAAUUAUGUCCUGUCCAAAGGAAGUCUGGGCAAGGAUGGCGGGUAUUUUGUGACAAUUCAGAAUGUUCUCUGUGGCUCUUUGGGAGAGACUUGUUCAAAAUCUGUUCAUAUAUCAAUCUUGGGUGAUAAUCCUGAAUCCCUGACACUGUCAUCGGAUUCAUCAAUUCCAGGUGGUAAGGAUUCCCAAGAGGGUGAAAAGACCGUGCAGAAUUUUUCCCCAAAGUCUCUCUUGGUCUACAGAGCUGGGAUAUUUAUUGUGUUUGAGGCUCCAGAAUUGGGGCUUCAGGUUAAAUGGGAUCGUGGAACACGGGUUUACAUCACCUUGACAAAUCAAUGGCGUGGAAAGGUUCAGGGAUUGUGUGGGAAUUUCAACAGUGAUCUGCAGGAUGACUUUAAAACUCCAUCUUCUGGCAUUGAGACAAAUCCUAUUAUUUUUGGGGAUUCUUGGAAACUGCAGGAUUACUGUCCAAAAACCACUGAACAGGUGGAUUCAUGCGCCAAACAUCCUCAUAGGACAAUGUGGGCUCAGAGGAAAUGUGGAAUCCUGAAAAGUGGUGUGUUUCAGGCAUGCCAUUCUGAGGUUCCUGUGGACAAUUUCCUCAAACGUUGCACGCACGAUACCUGUGCUUGUGACCAGGGAGGAGACUGUGAAUGCCUGUGUACAGCUCUUGCAGCCUAUGCUCAUGCUUGUGCUCUCAAAGGUGUUUCAAUCCGCUGGAGGACACCUGAUCUCUGUCCCAUGCAAUGUGAUCCAGAGUGUUCCUCAUACAGCCCUUGUGUAUCCACCUGCCCCAUUGAAACCUGCGACAAUGUCAUAACUUCCGGGAAGGAAAAGUGGAUGUGCAGUGAUGACACAUGUAUAGAGGGAUGCCAGCUCAAAGGAUGUCCUUCUGGACAAAUCUACUCAAACGAAACCUAUUCUCAUUGCGUACCAAAAUCAACAUGCAAACCAGUCUGUAUGGAACUGGAAGGAGUUACAUAUUACGAAGGAGACAUUAUUUCUUCAGAUCUUUGUCAGACAUGCCGAUGUUCAAGGGGGAAGAAAAUCUGCAGCGGGGCUCCGUGUCCGGAAGGUGCAACAAAAAUGGAAGAAAUAUACAUUACGCUCAAGCCCUAUCAAGAAGAGGACUUGAAAUGUGUUAGUGGAUGGUCUGGAUGGAUCAAUCAGGAUGUUUCUCUUCCACAUGGCAUAAAAGUGCCCGGAAAACUUCGAAAAACCGGAGAUAAUGAGCCAAUCCCUUCUUAUCUGCUUUUGAAAAAUAUCGAAGGAGCAACUUGUCCUCCUUCGAAAAUUUCCAAGAUCGAGUGUCGGACAGUUGGUGGACACAAAGAUAUUAAAUCAACGGGAGAAAAUUGCGAAUGUUCCCUGGAAAGAGGUUUGGUUUGUGAAGGAUCCUGCUCAGAUUAUGAAAUUCGUGUCCUCUGUGAUUGUGAUGGAUCUUAUGUGGUCAGAUAUGAAACACCGGCUCCUAAGACUCCAGCUCCAGUUACUGCCUGUGAUCCUUCUAUUCCUCAUGUUGAAUUUCCUGGGGAUUGCUACAAAUUCCUUCACUGCAUGCCAAUGCCAGAUGGAUCGUGGCAGUAUGCAGAGAAAACUUGUGGCCCAACGAUGAUGUUCAAUCCCCAGAGCAUGAUCUGUGAUUGGGUAUUUUCAGUUUCUGAGAUAAAGCCUGAAUGUGGAAAGCCCAAAGAGACGACUUUGUCACCUCUUAAGAUUGAUAAAUGUCCGCCUGGUGAAGCAUGGACAGAUUGUGUGGUUCCUUGUUCCAAUUCCUGCCAUUAUUACGGUUGGUUGCUAAAGAAGAAUGGAUUCUGCUCUAGUUUGUGGGAUGAAAUGGUUGGAUGCUUUGGGGGAUGUGUCAAUGCCAGUUACGUGGAAAUUACCUGCCCACCUGGAGGGCUCUGGCGAGACAAAUCCUCUUGUGUUUUACCCAAUCACUGCACGUGCGUCAGUAAGAAUGGAUCCCUUGUUAAGCCUGGAGAGGUAUUUAGGGAAUCUGAUUGUGAACUAUGCCAGUGCAUAGAUAAUACCUAUGUCUGUGAUGCUUCAAGCUGCACAGGACAGCAGCCUAUUGAGUAUACUGUUGGCUUUGAACCUACAACUGUUCCUGACACGAGUGAAGAUCAGAAAGCAAAGAUUCGAAAAAAGCCCACUACUACAACUGUAGCGCCUCAGCCCACCGUCAGAGUCACCACAGAACGUCCCCUUAUUAUUCCAAGCACAGUUGCCCCACCACCUGUGUGUGACCUGACCAAGUAUCAGUACAUUCCUGUACUCAGUGGUGGGGACAGUAGCAUGCCGAAUACUGCCUUUUCUGCCUCAAGUACCUUGGGAUCGUUCUUUGAGCCCCAUUUUGCGAGAAUAAACUCAAAACCCAGUGAAGUAUCCAGUGGAAGCUGGUCUCCGGAGAUUAACAAUGAAGAUCAAUAUUUGCAGAUUACAUUCCCCCAACUAACACCACUGUACGGUGUUCAGAUGAGUGGAAGUCCCAUUUACAAUCAUUACGUGACUCUCUUUAAGAUCCUCUUCAGUUACGAUGGUGUAGCUUUCAGCUAUCUUAAGGAUGACUCAGACAAACCCCAAUUAUUCUAUGGUCCCAUUGAAUCUCAUGCUAUGACUGAGUCAUUCUUCAAGAUACCAAUUGAGGCGAAAGUGGUUAGAAUUUAUCCCCUGAAGUGGCAUGAAUCAAUUGCAAUUCGAGUUGAACUUCUGGGAUGUGGAAAAUUGCUGCCUAAAGUCACGCAGAAAAUUCCACCUGUUCCCUCGACAACAACAACAACAACUCCCAAACCGAUCACAGAAUCAACAACAACAACUCAGCUUCCAAUAAAACUGACCACGUCGAUUACCGAGGAAAUUGUCCAGGCACUCUGUGAUGAUCCGAUGGGAGUGGAAAAUGGCAAGAUGAAACCGCCACAGAUUAAAUUCAGUUCUUCAAAGGCUGAUCAUUUGGUACUGAGAAAGCCUCCAAAUGCCAUUGAGCAGCUGAAGUUGUCCUCACCAAAGGGCUGGAUGCCAAAUCUUGAUACACCAAAUGAGUUUGUAAUCUUUGACUUCCUGGAAAAGAGGAACCUGACAGGACUUCAGGUCAAGGGCGGAGAUUAUGGAUGGGUGACGGCUUUCAAGGUAUUUUACAGUCAAGAUGAGAGUCUCUGGAAUCUCAUUAUGAGCCCUGGAGGAUCAGGAAAACUCUUUGGAGGUCCAGCUGAUGGGUAUAUGACCAAAAUUAACAUGUUCAAGUUCCCAAUUCAAGCGAGAUACCUCAAAGUUAUCCCUAAUAAAUGGCAUGAGAAAAUUGAGAUGAAAAUUGAACCUUUAGGAUGCUUCCAGCCCUAUCCGCACAUUGAAGAAGCCAUUAAGAUUGUGGACGUAGAGAAAGUUCCCAAAGUUCAAUGUGGAACUUGUCCGGGAAUCAUUACCCAUCUCAGUGGAGUUGAUGGCGUCUGCAAAUGCUAUCCACCUCUUGCGUGGAAUGGACAGGAGUGUGUUCAGCCCAGUCAAUGCCCAUGUAUGGUUGGACAUAUUCCCUAUGAAGUGGGAGCUCAUUUUGAACUUGAGGACUGUUCAGAAUGCAUUUGCGUUUUGGGAGGGAAUUCCCAGUGUAAGCCCAAAGUUUGUCCAUCUUGUGAGAAGGGCUUGCGCCCGGUUAAAUCAUCCAAUUGCCAUUGUUCGUGCGAAACCUGUCCGGAAUUCACAAUUCUCUGCCCAACUAGUGGGGAAUGUAUUGCUGAACACUUGUGGUGCAAUGGAAUCAUGGAUUGUCCAGAUGAUGAGAUCAAUUGCAAGCCUAAAGGCCCAACAAUUGAGACCGUUCUGAACAUCACCAAGACUUGUCCAGCACCUCAAUGUCUUCCCGGAUACCGUGUAAAGGUUAUCCAGAAGAAACCAGUGGAAUCUGCAAUGUUGACAAAGAAAACCAAAGGACGGUGGAGGAAGAAGCAUUCGAAAUAUUCCAAAUUCAAUUUCUACCAAAGCAAAUACAAUUCCCACCUGGCUACUCCAGCUAACACUCCGGCAGUUGAAGAGGAACCAGAGAAGUGCAUUGAGUUUAUUUGUGUCCCUGAAAAACAUCUGAAGCCCAAGAAUGACACAACAGUAGCCAUAAUGUGCACAAAACCUAAGUGUCCGGAAGGAUACUCUUUGGUUGUUGAAAAGCCCACUUCUCCUACAGCCUGUCCAACUUUCGAUUGCGAACCUAUGCCACAGAUGGAUGCUGUCUGCAAUGUUACCGGAAGGAUUUUCAAUACAUUUGAUGGGAUGGAGUUUAAGUUCGACAUUUGCAGUCACGUUCUGGCCAGGGAGUUCUCAGGAGGAAACUGGACAAUUACUCUGCUGAAAAACUGUUCUGCCGGAGACUUUGUCUGCACCAAGGAAGUGGAAAUUACAGACACUGAAUUUGAGUGCAUCCUGACCCUCUAUCCGGAUCUAACGGUGAAGUACAAUGGCUAUGUCUACACCGUGGAUCAACUGCAGAAGGGCAGGGAUAAGAUGAACUUUGCUGUGUCGAAAGUUGGUGCAACAAUUGUCUUUGUGUCGCACAAUCAUGGAUUCUGGGUGACUCUGGAUGAGUAUGGGGACAUCAAGAUUGGUGUGAGUCAGAAGUAUUUGUCGCAAGUGGACGGUCUAUGUGGAUUCUUCAAUGGGAAUCCCAAAGAUGACAAACACCUUCCAAAUGGCCAAGAUGCCCAAUCAACAGUGGAAUUUGGUGACGCUUGGUACGUUGAUCGGAUUUCCAAAGACAAUUGCCAACCACAUGCUUGCCCCAGAGAUAUUCAGGAAGAAGCUAUUAAGAUCUGCAAUGCUGUUUCGGGAGAGACUUUUAGUGUCUGUGAGAAAUCCGUGGAUAUGGAUAAGUUCACUUCUAAGUGCAUUGAGUCGGCUUGUGAAUGCCUGAGAACUUCGAAGAAUGCUGAAAUGUCUGGAAAACCACCAGAUCAUCGGUGCAAAUGUUCCAUUCUGCAGGGAUUCGUGCGAGAGUGCUUAGCAGCUGAUGAUAAAGUACAUUUGGAUACUUGGCGAUCCACUUAUGAUUGCGAACUCCCUUGUCCUCCAUCCCUGGUUCAUAGAGAUUGCUAUAGACGUCGAUGUGAGCUAUCAUGUGACACUCUGAAGGGCGAGGAUUGUCCAUAUUUGCCAGGAACAUGCUUUUCCGGCUGUUACUGCCCAGAAGGUACUGUCCGGAAGGGCGAUAAGUGUGUUAAUCCUUCUCAGGAAUGUCGGGAUUGUGUCUGUGAUGGUUUUGGGCAGUCUCAAUAUGUCACGUACGACAGGAAUAAUUUCACUUUCGAUGGAAACUGCACAUAUCUACUAACGAGAGAUCUUGUGCUUCCGGGAAUUCAUACUUUUGAGGUCUUUGCAACUCUGGGUCAAUGCAAGGGAGGUUCUUCAUGUACUGAAGCCUUGCAUAUCCUCCACAGUGAAAAUAUUAUUCACUUGCAGAGAAAACAGGGAACAAAUGAAAUUGAGGUAUUUGUAAAUGGGGCUCAAGUGAGACAAUUGCCGUAUUCGAAGGAGUGGAUAAAGGUCACAGAAGAACCGGGAAAACUCAUCAGAAUCCUUCUGCCAUUGUCACACUUAGAACUGACGACAGCCUUUGAUGAUAUGUCCUUCUCCAUAAGAGUUCCUAGCCUGAAGUAUGGGUCAAAAAUGGAAGGAUUGUGUGGAGAUUGUGAUGGAGAACCAGACAAUGAUCUUGUGAUGAAUAGAGAGGCAACAGCAUUCAAGGAAAAUCCCACAGUUCAGGAUAUUGUAACGAGUUGGCAAUCAAAGAAUCCUGUUCUAAAUCUUUCGGAGGAUGAAUGCCUGAGUGAAGAGAGGACAGAAAUCAAUUGUUUGCCUCUGCCUCCGGAGAAAGAUCCUUGUUUGAAGAUUCUGGAGAUGGAAGUUUUUGGUCAGUGUCAUUUGGUUGUUGAUCCCAUUAUGUACGUUUCUGCCUGCCAGCAGGAUCUGUGUCGAGCAGGAGCUAGUCAGAAAGGAUCAUGUGAAUCCUUGGCUGCAUAUGCUAGAGAAUGUGCUCAGAAUGGGAUUUGUAUUGACUGGCGAAGGCCAGAUUUCUGCCCACAUGAAUGCCCUAAGAAUCUCGAGUACCAAGCCUGCGGAUGUAGUGAUUCAUGUGAUAGCUACCUCAAGAAAGAACAUCAGCACAUUCUCUUGGAUAUCUGUACUGUUAAUCGCGAGGAAGGAUGCUUCUGUCCCAAAGGGAAAAUUCUCCACAAUGGCAUCUGCAUUCUGCCCAAAAUGUGUCAAGCUUGCGAUACGGAUGAUCACUUUGCCGGAGAUGUUUGGUAUAAGGACAAGUGCAAUAGAUGCGAGUGUUUUGCCGAUGGAAAGAUCAUCUGCACGAAGACAGAGUGCCCUGGAGAUGAUGUGGUGUGCAACAGAGGAUUCAGAGCUAUUGAGAUGCCAACUGUUGAUUCAUGCUGCAAGAAAUUUGUCUGCGUUCCGGAAGAGCUUGAACCUCUUCAGGAAUGUCCGGAGACGCCAUUGCCAAAAUGUGGGGAGAAUCAGGUGAAGAAGAUCGAAUACGACAGCAAUAAUUGCACAAAAAUUAUCUGCGAAUGCAAACCAGCAUCUGAUUGCCCUCCACUUGAAGUCUUUCCUUCGGAACUCCUCCCUGGAUUCAAAGUUAUCAAGGACACUUCAGGAUGCUGUCCAGUUGCUCGUCUUGAGUGCGACAGAUUCCUUUGUCCGCCUAAGAUAACGCAAUGUCCAGGAGAGUUUCAGGAGAUUGUAGAGAGGCAAGCAAAACCUGGGGAAUGCUGUGAUGAAGUAAAAUGUGAAGAUCCUAAAGGGGUUUGUGUAGUUACUGAAAAUGGGAAAAGUAUUACCCGGAAGAUUGGAGAAAAAUGGAAAUCAUCGGAUCCUUGCUUAAUGCUCAUUUGCACCAUGUCUGAGAGUGGGAAUGUCAUUGUAAGUGCUGAGAAGGAGAUUUGCGAGGAUCAGUGCAAGCUGGGUUUCAAGUACCUAUCACCAACGCUGGGAUCAGACAAGUGCUGUGGAGAAUGCAUUCAAUCUCACUGUAAAGUCGAGAAUGAACUGAAGGAACUCGGAGCUUCGUGGAAGAGUCCUGACAAUUGCACAACUUUCCGGUGUGAAAUGAAAGAUGAUCAAUUCUAUAUUGUUGCUGAACAGGAAUCUUGUCCAAAUAUUGAUGAUUGCCCUAAGGACAGGAGAUAUACCAAAGGAUGUUGCGUAUUUUGUCAGCCAGAAAUCUCAGAACAGAAAAAAUGCAUUCCUGAAGUUCACAGUGAGAAAGACACUGUAGGGUUAGUCUCACAAGCAAUUCCUGAUCAUGGGCAGUGCACAAAUCUUUCUCCUUUGCCUCUGUUGGAUGUUCUUCUGACGUGUACAGAUGGUCAUAAAAUUAAUACUAAAGUUCCAAUUCCACAAACCUGCAAUUGCUCUCAGUGUUCUCUCAAUGCCUUUUAAAGAUCACCUUCAAAGAUGUUAUUAAAUUGCAGGUGGAGAAAUUGAGACAGAGGAGUAAUGAGACAAGACUAUAAAUAUGAGAAAUAAAUUUGCAAAUAAUAAAAAUGUAUUUGAAUAAAAAAAUAUACCAUAAAAGCCAAA